AUGUCAGCCCGCUCCGCGCGUACCAAGCCAUCUUCACGCAAGGGAAACAACGUUGUUGCCAAGUUAGUUAUCUGCUCCACUCUCAUCCUGGCUCUAAGCGUUCUCAUUAGGUUCCGUUCUCGCCUGGGCCUUUUCUCAUCCCACUUCCCCUCCUCUACUCCUACAAUACAAAUCGCAAAGAUGUCGUACCAGAAAGAGCUUCGUGUGGCCGAACUCGCGGUCCAGCGAGCGACACUCCUAACCCAAAAAGUCUUCCACGAGAAGGCCAAGGGUACUCUGUCCAAGGAUGACAAGUCGCCAGUCACCAAAGGCGAUUUCGGUGCGCAAGCCCUGAUCAUUCAGGCUAUCCGCAAGAACUUCCCAGACGACGAGAUCGUUGCUGAAGAGGAGGCCAGUGAAUUGCGCCAGGACAAGGCCUUGAGUGCCGAGAUCUGGGACCUGGUCAAGGACAUCAAGUUGGAGGAUGCUGAGAGCGACAGUCUGCUGGGCGGACCGUUGCCCAGCGAAGAGGCCAUGCUGGAUAUUAUUGACCAGGGAAAGAGUGCAGGUGGACCGAAGGGCCGCAUCUGGGCCUUGGACCCCAUUGAUGGCACCAAGGGUUUUCUGAGAGGAGGCCAGUAUGCGGUCUGCCUCGGUCUCAUCGAGGAUGGAGACGUCAAGGUUGGAGCAAUUGGCUGUCCCAAUCUCCCCGUUGAUGAUACUGCGCCGCUUUCUGCCGAUAUUGGUGGACAGCAGACCGACGACUCCGGAAAGGGAGUCCUCUUUGCUGCUGUGAAGGGUGCCGGUGCAACCAGCCGACCACUAUCAGACGGGGCUCUCUCUCCUAGCAAGCCCAUUUCCAUGAGGCCUGUCCCUGAUAUUUCGCACGCUGUCUUCUGUGAGGGAGUCGAAGCCGGACACUCCUCCCAGGGUGACAAUGCUGCUGUGGCUCAGCGCCUGGGAAUCACCUCACCGAGUGUGCGACUGGACUCGCAAGCGAAGUAUUGCUCCAUCGCCAGAGGAGCGGGAGAUAUCUAUCUACGUCUGCCAGUCAGACAGGACUACCAGGAAAAAAUUUGGGACCACGCAGCUGGGGACCUCAUUGUCCGCGAGGCCGGUGGCAAGGUGACGGACAUCCAUGGCAAGCCCCUCGACUUCAGCAAAGGCAGGACCUUGGCUGUAAACAAAGGAGUCGUCGCCGCUCCAAAGGCCAUUCAGGAUCAAGUUAUCGAUGCAGUGCAGGUGGUCCUCAAGCUGAAAUAG